GAAUAAUUAUUACUACAAAAUUCUUUAUAAUGUGGUUCAUACUUUUCGCAAUCUGCAUCUUUAAAAUAACGUGUAUUUUUAUCUUCAUUAUCUAUUGCGUUGUCACUUUUCUUCUGGUUAUGUAUAACGCUCAAACAGAAGAAUUGAAAAAAUAUAUUGUACCUCAAGAUACAAAUGUGGAAGAAGAAUUUCCGAUCGAAAGUCGUGAUAGCGUAGAUGAUAAAUUGGAAAUAUUAACGGAAAAACUUACGGAGAAAGAACAUGUGUUACAAAAAUCGCAAUGUGAAAUAAAAGAUGCAGAAAAGGUAUUGACUGAUUUGGAAAAUAAAACAUCUUCUUGUCGAGAUCGAUAUCGCUCGUUAAUGAUUGAUUUGAAAAAAGAUAUUCGGAAGACUGAAGAUGAGGUAAGAAUGUUACAAAAUCAAAUUUCAAGUUUAUCAAUUCGACGAGAAGCUCUUCGAAGUGAAGUAUUAAAGCAACAAGAAGACUAUCAAAAAAUGCUAAAUAGUUUCUCUAAAGAAUUGGAGAAUAAAAAAAUAUUAUUCUCUUCAAGUAUUGAGAAAUCAAGACAUCCUCGUGUGAGUUAUUUCAUUUUACCAUAAAAAAAUUUUAUCGUCUUCUUGUAUGCAUAAUAAUUAAUUUUUUAUUAAAUGUUCACAGUAUUGUUUUUCAUAUUAAAGAAAGAAAAUUAGAACAAAUAAUUAAGAAGACAUUAUCAAAUAUUACUUUAUCGAACAUCGAUUUAAUAUUGAACGGUCAGAGAAUAGUUUUUUGAUUGAGUUGUAAUGUUUAUUUAUUAUUCACAAUAUGUACAUUUGAGUAAGCGAUCGAUAUGAAAGUUUUUUACUUUCAAAUGCAUGGUAAAAAUUAAUAUUGAAACAAAAAUUUAAUUCGAGUUUUAUGAAUUUCGAUUAUUCAUACAAAUUAAUUCUUAUAUAGAAAGCAAAAACAAAAGCAAAAACAAAGUACAAAAUAUUAUUUUUAUUGAUUAAUAAUCAAUUAAUAACUAAUAAUCAAUUAAUAGUUUAUCAAAAUAAUAAUUUUAAUUAAUAUUUUAGUUAUAAAUCUAAAUAUCUUAAAAAUGAUUUUUUCUUAAGAUAAAACAGGUUAAUAUAAAAUAUGAAGUUUAUAAUUUAUACUUUAAAUAUUGCAUGAUAUCAAAUGUAAAUGGUAAAAAAAAUAAUACAGUAUUUAAAGAUGAUAGAAUUUUCGCAUGCAAAAUCAUAAAAAAAGAAUAAAAAAAAAUACUCUAUGAGAUCUUAUUUUUGAAAUGUAUUAAUUUGUAGGAGAUUAAAAAUAAAAAUAAGUAAGGAAUAAGUAGAUAAUAUAUUUUUUUCAUUCAAGAUAUUUUUUUCAUCUUAAAAAUGAAAAGAGUUUAAACUAUUUAUUUUGAGUGCCUUUUUUUUCAUAAUCAUAGAAUUGUACAUUCAUGUGAACAUAUUAAAACAAAUAGAGAUGUUUUAAGGCACUUGCUUCUUUUCCGAUGUAUAACGUAAUAGUUUUUUCGAAAUUUUUUUCGUGAGCAUAGAGAGUUCCUUGAGAAAUUGUAAUAAACAUAAAAGGAACAUUAUUUUUUAUUUGGAAAGAAUACUAUAAAAUGUUCGUUGAGCUUGUUAAGUGCACACGAAAGGAACCUUGCUGUUUAUUCUUUUAAUUUUUUCUUAUUUCUUCUGUUAUUCCACGCAUUUCAUUAUAUUAUCUCAUGGGACAUUUUUUUUUAUAUAAAACAAAACUAUUUAUCAACAUACUUCUUGAAAAUCAUACAAGAAGUUUGAGAUUUCUGGACAUAUUUUUUUUAGUUUGUCUUCUAUUGAAUGCAAUAGAAUACAUUCAAAGCAAACAUCAGCAUAACAAUUUGUUACUCAUAAAAU